UCGGCGCCACGCUCUCCAUCGCUAUCCCCCUGUCCACCGCCGCGGCGCCGCCACAACUGGUUUGCGCCUCAGCUUCGGCGACCUGUUGCCGGCGACGGGGCACGGCAAGCCAGCCAACCAGCCAUCCAGCUUUCCUGCUUGGGCCGAAGCUGAGACUCGUGGAGCGGAGGCCCGUCUACCUCGUCGUUUGGAGUAACCCUAGCGCGCAUGUCGUCGCGGCUGUGCGUGAAGAACCUGCCCAAGGGCGCCGACGAGAGGCGCCUGCGGGAGGUGUUCUCGCGGAAGGGCGAGGUCACCGACGCCAAGGUCAUCCGAACAAAGGAUGGUAAGAGUAGGCAGUUUGCAUUUAUUGGUUUCAGAACCAAUGAAGAUGCAGAGGAGGCCCUUAAGUAUUUCAACAAUACAUACAUCGACACUUGCAAGAUCACCUGCGAGGUUGCCCGCAAGAUCGGUGACCCUGAUGCUCCUCGCCCUUGGAGCCGCCAUUCUUUAAAGAAGCCUGAAUACGGUAGUAAAGACAACACUGCUGCAGGGGCUAUAGAUGCACUGCCGAAAAGUUCCAAGGUCCAAGGAACAUCCACUGAUGUUAGAGGUUCUAAAGGCAGUGUAGGCAAUGAUCCCAAGUUACAAGAGUUCCUUGAAAUUAUGCAGCCCCGUUCUAAAGCAAAGAUGUGGGCAAAUGAUACAACUGGUACUCUUGAUGCUGCGGCAACAGAUAGUGUGGUAGCUACUAAAGAUUCUAAGAGACCUCAAAAGGAUGUUCCGGCUUCUGAGAAUGAUGCAUCUUCUGAAGAUUCGUCUGAUGAGGAAAUGACAAAUGAUCCGUCUUCUGAAGAUGCUUUGGAAGAGCAACAAACAGGGAGUAAACAAGACAAUGAUAUGACAGAUGCUGAUUUCUUUAAGAGUAAAAUCAAGAAAAAUUGGUCAGAUUCUGAAUCAGAUGAUGAAGAUUCUGGUGACCACUCAAACAGCAGCACUGAUGAUGAAAACUCAUCUGAUGAAUCACAAGAUGCAGAUAAGCAGCUUGUGGAUCUGAAGGGCAAUCUGAACAAGAAAAUCAAUGUGGAUAAGGACACCCCUGUGCAGCAUACUGACUUACAAGAGAUGGAAGACCCUGACAACAAAGAGAGUGAGGAUCUUGACGGCAGACAAAAGGAAACUAAAAUUCGUGAAGAUAAAUACAAUGAAGAUGAAGAUGCUUCUUUAAUUACUGAUGAAAAGAAGUUGGCCCUGGAGACUGGCCGUCUAUAUAUCUGCAAUCUUCCAUAUGCAACCACUGAAGAUGAUUUGGUGGAGCUGUGCAGCCAGUAUGGUGAUGUUGAACAGGCCCAUAUUGUUGUCGAUAAAACCACUAGGUUCUCAACCGGCAGAGGUUAUGUGCUUUUUAACCUUCCAGAUUCAGCAGUGAGGGCACUUGAUGAACUAGAUAACUCAAGUUUUCAGGGCCGACUGUUACGUGUUAAGGCUGCUAAACCACUAAAUAAUAAGAAGUUGGAGUCUACUCAUGCAACUGUUGAGGUGAAAAUGAAUCUCAAGCAGCAAAAGUUAGAACAAAAGAAAGCUUCUGAAAUCAGUGGAGAUACGAGAGCUUGGAACAUCUUUUAUAUGCGUCAAGAUACUGUUGCUGAAAACAUUGCAAGGAAGAAUGGUAUCAGUAAGAGUCAAUUACUUGAUAGAGAAGCGGAUGAUCUUGCCACUCGUCUUGCUCUUGGUGAGGCAUAUGUCAUUGGAGAGACGAAGAAAUAUCUAUCUAGGUCUGGAGUUAAUGUUGCUGCAUUGGAAGAAUUUGCUUCCAACAAAAACGAGAAGUCUAAAAGAAGCAACCAUGUGAUACUAGUUAAGAACUUGCCAUUUAGUACUUCUGAGGAAGAACUUGCAGCAAUGUUCCAGAAACAUGGUAGUUUGGAUAAAAUCAUUCUACCUCCUACCAGAGUAUUGGCCUUGGUAAUCUUUGUGGAAGCAACAGAGGCCCGACAUGCAUUCAAGAAGUUACUAUAUACAAGAUACAAGGAUACUCCUCUGUAUUUGGAGUGGGCACCUGAGAACAUUUUAUCUCCUAGCUCAGCACCAGUAGAUGAUGAUGAAAAAAAUGUGAUUGGUGAGCGUAUUGUUACUAAAGCUAUUAUAGAGCAAAGUGUGGAAGGAGUAAGCGCUGAAGAGAUUGAUCCUGACAGGGUGGAGUCACGGUCUGUGUUUGUCAAGAAUUUAAAUUUCAAGACAACAGAUGAGUCGUUGAGCCAGCAUUUCAGUACAAAGAUAAAGAGUGGCAGUCUUAAAAGUGUAAAGGUGAAGAAGCAUGUUAAGAAUGGCAAGAUAGUUUCGAUGGGAUUUGGAUUCGUUGAAUUUGACUCGGUUGAAACUGCAACCAGUGUGUGCAAGGAUCUACAGGGAACGGUUCUGGAUGGACAUGCUUUGAUCUUGCAACUGUGUCAUGGGAAGAAAGAUGGUCAAGCCGCAAAGAAGAAUGGCAAAGAUCAAAGUUCAACAAAACUUCUUGUGCGUAAUGUAGCAUUUGAAGCAACUGAAAAGGACUUGAGGCAGUUAUUUAGUCCGUUUGGCCAGAUCAAAAGCCUCAGGUUGCCGAUGAAGUUUGGAAGUCACAGAGGUUUCGCUUUUGUUGAAUACGUCACAAAGCAAGAGGCACAGAAUGCUCUGCAAGCCCUCGCAAGCACUCAUCUCUAUGGUCGACACCUGGUGAUUGAACGGGCAAAGGAAGGAGAGACUCUUGAAGAACUGCGAGCAAGGACUGCGGCGCAGUUCGUGGACGAACACAGUGGUUUCCAGAGGAUGUCCAAAAAGAGGAAACAGAGCAGCCUUGUGGAUGAAGGCUCUGUUAAAAUUUCAAGGAUAUUGGAGUAACGUUUUGAGGAAAUAUGCUGAAAAUUUUGACUGCUUUGUGCGAUGUUAUCAAUUAGUUACGGAAAAUCUCAUGUUCUCUUGCUUAGGUUGCUCAAAGUUAGUGCACUGUUGAAUAUUC